AUGAAAAUCAAUGAUCAGGGAAUCCAAAAAUAUGUCAAAGAGCAAGUCUUGCAAGUGGUGGCUAUCAUUUGCAAGCGAAGCAUUUUGGGAAAUUCACAAACAAUCCAAGAGUCUUUGCUGAGAGAUGUUACUCAGCUUUUGACUAGCAAUAAUAGGGACAUGCAAAUUUUGGGUUGCUUGAUCCUAAAGGCUUUAUUGAAUGAGUUUGCAUUCCUGACACGCAGUAGUGACAUUGGCUUGAGUUGGGAAUUCCACGUCCGUUGCAAGAAAGCUUUUGAGGUGCAGGUUCUUCAACAAAUCUUCAUGCUGGUGGUACAAACUUUGCAGCAGUCCUUACUCACAGAGUUGAGCCUGCUAUCUCCUGAAGACAUUUCAGCAUUGGUUCGAUUGUUGUCUUUGGCAGAACAGAUCCUGAACUGGGAUUUUUCUCACUAUCAUCACAAAAGAUGUCCUCUGUUGGGGGAGAUGGCACCUGUGACUUUGUUUAAACCAGGUUCAUCUUGGAGAGAACUUCUCUUUGACCCUGCACUAGUGGAGCUUUUUUUCAAGCUUCAGGUGAAGUUGCAGGCAAAUGAUGAGUUGUGCCACCAUUGUGGUCAGUGCUUAAUCCAGCUUGCUUCUCUCUGUGGUGCAGUACUCCCAGAUACAAUAUCACAAACACACUAUUUAUCCAAUUUUGUGCAAGGAUUUUUACAGCUUUCAAAAAGCCUGGAGAUGAAUGGACAAGCGGCAUUGGGCCUCGGAAGCAUUGUGAACCGUCUUCUCUACGUUUUUCCUUGUUCAGCAUUCAAAGCCAUACACAUUGAUACACUUCGAUUAUUCACAAAUGCCAUGACAGACUUGACAUGUUCGUUUUUACAAGCAGUUGCCAAGGAGGAAGAACUUAACUCAGAAGACACAAGCUUUAUAGAAGCUGUUGAACAAUUCCUGGAGGGAUGGGCCAGUCUGUUGGAGCACUUUAAACAGUUUCCAGCUGGACUUUUCAAUGAAAGUGCUACAAGGAUAUUAAACUGCUAUGUUCAGUGUCACUUGGCUGCUCCAGAUGGCUUGCGUGGGACGUUUUCACCUCAAGUCAGCAAUGGCAUUCAUCUGGAUGAGAUCUGCGAUCUUGAUAGUGAUGACAGAGAACUCUUUGCUGAUCAGUUGUCUACUAUCGGAAGUUUUGGUCGUAUUGUACCUGGUCAUGCUCUUAACCUCCUGACAAAGUUGUUGGAAAGUAGGGCUGGUCAGUUUGAGAGGUAUCUUUCAGCUGUCAAAAAUUCUGCAGGGUCUAUCUCCUCUGAAUUGUCAAGUGCGGAUAACCUGUAUGAGGACCUUCAUUGGCUUCUUCUGAUUUCUGGCUAUCUGCUUGCUGAUGAAAGCAUAGGCGAGACACCGCUCAUUCCUCAAGAAAUUAUAUCAUAUUCAUCAAGUUUAAAAAGUCAAGUUGAUAUUCAGGCCACUUUUCAGACUCUUUGUGCAUCACAAAAUCAACAUCAAGGCGAAUGUUAUGGAGAUUCAAAUACUGUACUGGACUACUCAAGGGUUGACCCAGUAGUGAGACUUGUAUCAGUCAUCUUCCGGUUAGCAAAUCUGGAAAAACUCGCUUUAGCCUCUGAACUGUCAGAGCUUUUGAGCCCACAGGUGGGACGGACAAUUGUCUGGUGUCUGCGACACUGGGCCAAGUCGUAUCUGAUACCGGAUGAAAAGGAGUAUGACCAGCUGAGCGUGACACUCGUGUCUGUGUUCGGGACAGGCACAGAUGGCGGCAAAUGGACCUUAGGGUUUCUUUUGGAUAAGGUCAGGACCAACUUGUCUGGAUGGUCUGCAGAGUCACAGAUUGUCGAGGAUUCUGCCAUGUUGUUAUUAAGUUUGGUAAACAACAAAAACAGAGCAGAGGUAGCCAUCUCGUUUGAAAGCUUGUGGCUCUUGGCACAGGAACACAUGUCUAAAACAGCCUUGCUACAUGAGCUGCCACCUGAGGUGUUGCGUUUCCUCACGCAGGCAUUGGUCCUGGCAGGCUCGGCUGAGGACGAUACUGCUGUCAGGAAGAAGUAUUUAGAUCAGCUGUUGCAGACCUUACAGUCUUACUUCUUGGGAAUCUGUCACCAGCCGGACUUCACAAAAUCAUCUCAAAAGGAACCAAUAAAAAGUCAAGUCCAGAGUUUACUGGAGUCCUUUAGAGGCGUGGCACUGGCAUCAAAUCUCCGCAAUGCACGCACGCUUUUCAGCUAUCUCAUGCCCGUGCUUACAAACUGUGUGGCGCUGUUAAAUGUGUAUCAAAACUGUCCUGAAGUGGUUGUUCUGGUUUUGGAAUUUUAUGUUGAUCUCAUUGACUCUCAAAUUACUUAUCUUGAUGAGGAUGAAAUACCAAGGCUUUAUGAAGUCUGUAUGGCACUUGUUCAAACGUACGGAAAAUGUAACUUAGGAAAAGUAAGCGAGGAAGCUCUCACAGAAGAGGAACAACUGAACGACCUUCUUCUUCUGAUAAAACUCCUAACUAACCUGCUGUCUAAAGAUAUCCUUAAUUUUGGCUCAGAAGACCAGAAAGUAUCAGCGCCUGACGUAGCUCUGUACGGUCUUCAUGUAGUCAUUCCUCUUAUGUCCUCCGAAGUACUCAAGUUUCCGGUGCUGUGUUCCGAGUUUUUCAAACUUACGACCUGCCUGUGUGAGAUGUACCCAGCUAAGAUAUCUCUCUUGCCAGACGAACUUUUCAAGAACCUAAUGGCUUCGUUAGAAGUGGGGCUCUCAAACUAUGGACCAGAUGUAACCAAAAUGUCUUUGGAGGCUCUAUCGUCCUUAGCAACGCACUGCUACCUUGAAAUACAGAAAAAUGUGAAAGUUCCCAUGCACGAGAUUCUUCAGCAUUUCCUGAAGACUCUGUUUGACAUGCUCCUUCUACAGUCCUUUGACAUGGAUCUACUUCAACCUGCAGCAGAAGCGUUUCUCGCCUUGAUUUGCUGUCACCAGAUGUAUUAUACCGAGUUGGUUCGCAGUCUUCUAGCACAACAGACGGACCAGGUUGUUUGUCAGCGUCUUUUAGACGCAUUUAAUCAACUCACUCCCAGCGACAUGAAGUUAUCACUGGACAGACUGAACAAGGUGCGGUUCAGAAAAAGCCUAGACACGUUCCUUGCCUGUGUGAAAGGGUUUCUCUGCGUCAAGUAGACCCCAUGCUGUAGGAGCUGGAGCAGUAACCAAUUAAGUGCAGCAUAACUAGGUGUCAAAGUGACGCUGACCACUUUGGUUUAGGCUCAAUCACGUGUCAGCCGCGCCAGAUAGAUGGGAGGACUGGGCACGAGAGAUCGAGCAAAAGAAACUGGAAACCAAUGAAGUGCGAAUGGACCGUUCUCUUCCUGUCUAUGUCAGCGGUAUUUCUACGCAAGUCAAAGAGAAGACUCUACACAAGAAUAUCAGUAAGGCAGGGAAGUUAUCGUGUGAGGUUGAGAAGGUUCGAAACGUUUUUGGUACCUAGGCGAAAGAGCUUCCGGUUUCUAAAAACCUUGCAGAGAUCAAACUCCUCAAGAUUUCACUGGAAAGAUGCUUUUGUAACACAAUUUUAGUGGACCUAUUCGUACUGAAAGGAUUCGUCGCCAACGAUUAGAGAGAAAAUCGGUGCACCCCUACUGAGGGACGUAAGUGACUACGGAAUAUGUUUUCAAAGUGUAAAUAAAUUUUAGUGAUUUGAACAAAGAUCGUCAAACUGAA